UUUAACGAGAAAAGGAAGCAAAAAUUUAAACUCAACAAUUGCAAAGGAAGGCGAUUACUUCAAAUAUAUCUGCGCCAUGUUUUGUGAGUGUGGGGCACGACUGGGGGCUGGGACCAAGUUCUGCCCGGAGUGUGGCCAUAAGUCAAAGAUGGCCGACACAUCAGUGUCCGCCACGGGGUGGUGCCCUAACACCGUCCUCCACGGGAGAAGGUCCCCGGAGACAUGCGGUGCCAGGAUUGAUGUCACUCAGCGGUUCUGCGGCGACUGUGGCUGGGCGGUGGAUCCAAAGAUUUUUCGAGGUGGAUCCAAGAUGUGCGAUGGGGUUUUGGUAGCUGAUCAACUUUGUGUCAACAUCUUAAGUUCUGGUGAUAAGUUCUGUUCGGAAUGCGGAAAAGCUGUCACCAUAGUUUACUACUGAGUUUCAAAAUUUCUCUAUAGAGAUAUAAAAAGCAUGUAGACAUGUAAUACACAUCAAUUGGAUAAGGAUCACGAGAUACAUAACAUUUGCAUGUAACUACUAGUAUGCACAUGAUUAUGUAAUGCAUUUCUAUAAGAAAUUAAUUGUUUAAUUAAUAAAAAUUGCAAAAAAAUUCAAG